AUGUCCAAACCCAACCGAAAGAUCCUGCUCGUCAACGGUCCCAACCUCAACCUCCUGGGAACCCGCGAACCAGGCAUCUACGGCACCACCACGCUCCCCCAGGUUGUCGACGCCGUCACCAAGCGCGCCCACGACCUCGACAUCACCAUCGUCCCGUUCCAGUCGAACCACGAAGGCGCCAUCAUCGACUUUUUACAUUCUCAUUUUCUCGGCCCUACCAAUACCAACACCGACAACGGCACCACGACGGCGACGACGACAACACCUUCCGAAGAAGAAAAAGAAGAAGCAAAAGCAAAAGCAAAAGCAGACCGAGUGGCCGUGAUCAUCAACCCGGCAGCCUACACGCACACCAGCGUGGCAAUCCGCGACGCCCUUCUCGCCACAAACUUCCCCUUCGUCGAGGUGCACAUCUCCAACGUCCACGCGCGCGAGACCUUCCGGGACCACAGCUACUUCAGCGACAAGGCCACGGGUGUCAUCAUGGGGUUGGGCACGUUCGGGUACAUUGCCGCUCUGGAGUUUUGGGCCAAUAAUGACCGAGACUACUUCGCCGAGAACAACAAUCUAGCAUAG